CAGUUCGUACCAACAUCGUGUUCCAUUCUCACCGGCACAUGCCAGAGCGAGCGCGCACCAACACACUCAUCCACUCAUCUCACUCGAGCCCAUUCGAAACGAACCCUGCAUGCGUGAAAUCUUCCGGAUCCGGCAACGCGCCACGAGUAGAGCGUAAUUUUUUUUAGUUCCUUGUUUUUCCCGGACCAGAGUGGAUCGCUGCGCGACUCUGCUCCGUGUGUUCUUUUGUCGCACGACACGGUACGUCUGGCAUACGCGCACGGUGCGUACGUAUUGCGUGAACGUUCUGAAAUACGUGAGGUGUGAUCAUUCUAAGUCCAGCGUAAAACCCUCGGUGAACAUUAGUGCGUGAACGGUAGUGUCCAGUCGUGAUGCACAACGAGGCAGUGUAAAUUAAAAUACUUAUCAUAGUUUAUCAUCAAAUAUGAAUUUAAAAAUCGAACAAAAGGACGAACGUUGUUGAGUAUUGCUGUAGACAAUUUAGCACUACGUGUUCGUCGUCCAUGAUCAUAGUUUUGAUCUGUACGUUGGGUUUCCCCGCCGAUCAGCUACACAGUUAUAUUCCCAAAUUCUGAUCUAACAUAACAGUAGGGGUACGACUUCAUUCCAUCCCCUUCGUGAGUGAGAGUGGAGCGAGCAUUUCAAUCCCAACCGACACACAUCGACACACUGAAAAAGGACGAAAACGGAACGACUCGAAACGCGCGGAAGCUGAUCCGAGAUCGGGUGAGAGUGUUUUGUCGGAAGGCGCGCAAACCGGCAGCUUCCGGAAGUCGAUUAUGUGAACCACCCCAACCCUUCCCAAUCGCACUACCAACCUUCCUCAACCCACCCAACUACCCUUCCUCCCACAAGUCAAGGAAUCGUGAGGCUCACUCUUCAUGGGUUCGGUACAGGCGAAUCGGUUAGCAUUUAAUCCUUAGCCGUCGAGUCGAACACAACGCGCAAUCGGACAACCGAGGUUGAUCAGUGCGAAAGCUAGUUGUUGUACGGGAUGAUUUUUGUUUCCCAAAUACUACCCAACCAUACCCGUGGGUGAUGAAUUUUCGGAAAGUUUUCUUCAUUUCACAAACCAACUUCCAUCCUUGUGCGCGUGGUGUACCGCAGAGAAUGGUACGGCGAGUAAGAAAAGUGCUGUGAUCAACAUCGUUUCCGCGUGCAUGUCUCUGAUGAGAUUGGUGUACUCUUGUGCAUGUCUGAUGACAUUUGUGUACUCGCGAGUAAAAGGAAAAACAGAAAAAACGGCCGGUUUCACGUGGAAAACACUGACUUGCACCGGCAUAGAUCGUGCACCAAUUACAGAAGGUGGCCACAAACGCCGAUCGUUUAGCAGUGUGUUGUGAUUAGUGAGCAAUAGCUCCGUGUGUGAGUGUAAGUGAAGCAAAAGCAAAAAGGGGGAAAAAACAGGCCUACAAUUGUACACGAUAUCAGUGACCCUGCAAGAAACGGCGUGGUGCAUGUUGUUUAGCAUGGAUUUUCAGAGUGCAAUGGAAACCUUCGCUGAAGCUUGGGUCGCCGCCAGCACUGGAGAACAGACGCAAGCUCUUGCCCUAACGCGUUCCAAAUCUCCCAAAAAGGACACAUCGAUGCCAGUAUCACCGUCGCACACUACCGAACGUGACACAGAAAUGUCUAGCCCAAAGGCCAUAUCCGGCACAGCAGCCUCUUCCUCCUCGGUCAGUAGCAAUAGCAGCACCGCCGACCCGCCAGCCGACCGAUCCCAAUCAACCGAUGUAAACGGUUCGACGAACCAUCACCUACCGGCACCCAGUAAUGGUGCGGCGGGAUCAUCCACCAACACACCAUCAUCCGGUCAAUCACGCGUCGAACUCGCAACAAACCUCCAUCCAGCCAUCAGUGUGUCACAGUCCCUGCUGGCAGCUGCGGCCACCGUUAAUCGCUCCGUAACGCCACGCAUCAGUGUUUCGAGCUCACUGACGGCGCCGGAAAACAACGGACCCGGACCGAACGGCCCCGGUGGACUGUCCGGCCGUGAUAGCAAUCCCGUCAACGGUCCACACAUCGAUCGGACCAUACUACAGUCACCGGUUGCCGCCGUUGCAGCAGCCGCCGCCGCCAUGCAGGAUCGGAAGCAGGAUUUUGACUUCAGCAAAGUUAACGCUAAAUCCUUGCCGCUUCAUUGCGUGGUUGAGUCCGUCAGUUCGCUGCAGGCGACGCUCAACUUUGACACCCGCAGCCCCUGGAAGCGACGGCCAAACAUCGAAACGGACAGCUACGUCAUCAUCCCGGCUGCGACACCAUUUUGUGAUAUCGUUACGACCGCGCUCCAGCGGCUCGGCUACUCUACAGAGAUCUCCAAUGCAGCUAGAGGCUCCAUAUCGAUCAAGAACUGGAAAUCCCUAUCGCUCGAUGCCAUCUCGGACAAUCCGCUCGUCUCGGUCAGCGACAUUCUCGGCGAGCUGACCUCGGUCGUAACGCUCAAGAUUACGAUCCUACGCAACAAACCGUCCCAGCUGGCCGAAAUUAAGGAUAAACUGUUGAAGCUGCUCAUUCUCCAGUCACACGCACUGCUACGAUCGACUGGUUGCCCUCUCGAUGAGAUAACGCUAUCGCAAAUAUGCCGCAGUCCACUGCAGAACACGUUCCCCUUUACGCCCGAGAUCACCGAGGAGACGCGGCGUAACUUUGACCAGUGGUGGAGCAACCAGCUGGCCCCGCAGCCCAACCCGAUCGCUCACAAGAUACUGCCGUUUGCGAACCCGCAGCAAAACGAUCAUCUCGACUUCUCUAGUCAUGGCUUUCCGAGUUUACACGCGGCCAAACGGGAUGCGGCACUGUUGGUCGGGGAUGGAGGUGCCGUAGCGGCUGCGGCCGCAGCAGCCCAUCACGCCAGCCAGCAUCACAAUCUGGUGGUACAUCCUGCCCUACAGACCGUCCACUCGCAGUACCCCAACCAGAAGACACGCAUGCGUACCAGCUUCGAUCCGGAGAUGGAACUACCGAAGUUGCAGCGCUGGUUCCAGGAAAAUCCCCAUCCCUCCCGGCAACAGAUCCAAUCGUACGUGGUGCAGCUGAACUCGCUCGAGUCACGCCGUGGCCGGAAACCGCUCGAUGUCAACAAUGUGGUGUACUGGUUUAAGAAUGCGCGAGCAGCACAGAAGCGGGCCGAAAUGCGGCAAGGCAUGACAAAUGGGUUCGGUACACCUAGCAUGAUGCUAUCGCAGGCGGACUAUAUGAAAAGUUCGCCGAGUGCCCCGUCGGAAGACAUCGACAAUUUGUCGCAGGACGAAAUGGACGAUGAGCUGGAUAGACCAAUGUCACCGCAGCUACCACUGUCGCUUACGAUCCACGAACGCAAUCAUCCACUGACGCCCUCGGAUCAGACACCGAUCAAGCAAGAAAACAAUUCCGGCUCGGCAAGUCCUCCACCGUCACCAUCUCCGAAUCAUGAGCACAGCUCUGGUAACUCCAACACCGGGAACUCGGGCAAUAACCAUGGUUCUGGGGCAAGUAGUAACAACAACGGUGCCGGUCUCAACACCAGCGGCAUCAGUAUCAACAACAACAAUACUAGCAACACUAACAACAACAACGGCAACAACGAGUCCGCCAACGAUUCCACCCUGAUGAACGAUGAGCCGAAAUCGAACUACUCCAACGAGCGUAGCAGUUCCCCGCAGCGAUCGUCACGUUCGCCUGCCUCCGAAGAUCUCGACAUGGAUGAACCGGACGUCAGCAACAUGGAUGACUACCGGUCACCGUCACCGGAUUCGAAACGGCAGCUUCCCUUUCCAAUGAACAAUCCGAUGCUGUCCCACUCGAUCAUGUACAUGUCGCACUACAUACCCGCGAUGCAGGGUGCGGCCGGGAUGCAUCUGAAGAGUGACUUCAGCCCUGGUGGCCACGGACCGCUUGGACAGGGUGGUCUAAACCUGUCGUUCAACAGUGACGAGCGGCGAAAGCGUAAUCGCACCUUUAUUGAUCCGGUCACCGAAGUACCGAAGCUGGAGCAAUGGUUUUCGAUGAACACGCACCCAUCGCAUAAUCUCAUCCUGAAGUACACCGAGGAUCUCAACCGUAUGCCUUACCGCCAAAAGUUCCCCCGGUUGGAGAGCAAAAACGUGCAGUUCUGGUUCAAGAAUCGGCGGGCUAAGUGUAAACGUCUCAAGAUGUCCCUGUACGAUCCGGCCCAGUUGGCUAACUUAGGAGAACAGGCACAUCUGGCGGCACUGCACGAUGCACCGCAUCUAUCCGGCUUACACGAAGCAUCACAGUUGCAUCCGUUUCAUCAUACCGAUCGGGAUUAAGCUGGGUCGAGACUUGUUCUUCACCAACCGCGGUACUAGCGAUCGUUUAAGAACCAAAGACCACAACAAAAGGAGAACAAAACAAAUGGAUGAACGUUUCAUCGUUUUUCUCGGAUGAGUAGUUUAACCAUUCCAGCAGCGUAGUAGCGAUUGUAAAGAACCAGUUCGUUUCCUAACGUGUUUAGAAGUAAGAAAAAAGGUGUCCUCCGUCAGUUCCUCCGAGAUGUACGGAAUGUAAAAAGGUAUUAGUCACUUAUUGUUUGCGCUAGGUACAGAUCAAAUCAAGCAGAUGGUGUAAUUUUACUAGCCAACGAAUUGAAAAACGAUUUAGCGGAACACAUUCCAACUCCUAACUACUGUUUCUACUUAUCUCUCUAUCUCUGUUCACAGUGCAAUUCCCUUUACUACACACCCUUAGCCACACUUCACAGUCAUUUGCAACGAUUGCGAAACGUUUCUAAUAAACCUAAAAAAAUUAAAGCUCAUAAAUGGAAAAGAUUAUUUAAACAAAGUUCGAGCGAUUGUUUAUCGUGGCAGUGCAGAAUACGCAUCGCGUUUCCCGCUUUUAUAACCCAUUGUGCGGAACCAACCGUAAAACCUUGUUCCAGAAUGUUAGCAAACGCUCAGUCUACCCGAUUAAAAAUACACCAAAUAAUCACGGAAUAAUUAAAACAAUAAUGCAUUGAGGUGCGCUAUGCACAUCAAUCGCCCACGUGUCCCCAGCUGGUAAGCUCUUGUGCACCAUUCAGUAAGGAUGCAUUGCGCCCAGGGAACUCCCAUACCUCACAUUCCGCACUCGGUGGCGAGAAAAGAUCGCUCCCAUGGC